AUGCUUUCUGCCAUGAGGUUCUUCACAGGAUUGACUACCUUGAUUGCGAUAUCAGGUGCCUCUGCCUUGUCCUUACUCCCUCAACGAGAAAGAGUACGUUGCGUGGCAGAUGACAAGACAGGUGCUCUCUUCGUUACGGCAGACUGUGUGGAUCCAAACUACGACUCCCCCAUCCUCGAUAACGAGACGGACGAGACGAUCCCUACACCCCAUCGCAGGAUUUCCGGCCAUUUCAACGGCACCGACGUCGACUUCAACAUCUAUCUCACUCCCAAGUCGAAAUGGGAGAGGCGGUUCUUCCAGCUUAUGUACCCUCUCCAGACAUCUAUCGCCGAAGAUGAUGCUAUUAAGUUUGGAGUCGAGAGUGGUGGCUACACGAUUCAGGCCUCGGGAACGAUAGGAUACCGCGCCGACGCAGCUCUUGCCAAACUUUCCCGACAAAUUGCACAGGAGUACUAUAAUACCUCCUCUGGCCAGAUUCGCGGAUAUGUCUAUGGUGGUAGUGGUGGCUCUCUCAAAGUCAUUGGAGCCGCUGAGAACACGCUUGGAGUCUGGGAUGGAUGUGUUGCUCUCGUGCAGGCAACGCCGAUGUCUAUACCUUAUGACUGGGGCAUCAGAGCCUUGGGUGGGUUGAUCCUGGAGAAGCGCGCCAAAGAGGUCAUCGAUGCAGUUCAACCUGGUGGCAGUGGCGACCCCUAUGAGGUCCUUGAUGAACUUGAACGAGCGGUUUUGAUCGAGACGCAACACCUAGGCGUCCCCACCAGAGCAUGGGAAGAUUGGGAGUCUAUCGCAAAUAACCGUACGCAACUGUGGCAGACGCUCAAGGAUACGACGGUUCCCAUUCUCCAGCGUAUUGAUCCCACUUAUGCUGACGACUUUUGGAACAAAGAUGGGUACGCAGGGUGUGACCAGUCUGCACUGGGAGAAAGAUUUCGCGCUGCCCUCGUCCGGUUUGAUAGUGCCAUUGAGACCGUAACUGCAGGUCACGAUGGGUUGAUAUCCGAAUUUGUACUGAAGACUGUGCCGGGGAACGUUACCGACGUUGUAGGCUUCGGCUUUUCCGUCAGGGUUAAUGGCUCACGUAGUCAUUUCUCGGGCAUGCUAGAUGUCAAGACGAGAACCGUACACAUCUUGGCCGGCGCUUCCAAUACUACGCUUGGCGCUCUAGUGCCGGGUGCUCGCAUCCAGGUUGAUAAUCGCUGGUACCUCGCCACACAUACCUACCACCGUCACCAAUUACCACCGGAAGACAGCGGGUUUUACGGCUAUGAUUAUCUUCGCGAUGAGAACGGUGAACCACGUUACCCUCAACGGGAUAUCUUGAUGGGACCAAUCGUCUCAAAAUCAGCCUCAGGAGGUGGUACACAUACAGUUAACAUCACGAUGAAGUUGAUUGUCAUGGACAACCUUUUAGAUUUUGACGCCCUACCCUGGCAUGCAGAUUGGUAUAAGAACCAGGUUCUUAAAGCCAAAGGUAGCCUUGAAGAUCACUAUCGUCUGUACUACAGCGAUAACGCAGACCAUGUCAUGGGAAAGGUUAAAGCUCCCCACUCGAGUCGGGUCGUCGAUUUCACCGGUCUCUACCAGCAGCAUCUGCGAGAUAUGAUGGCGUGGGUCGAGAAUAACGUUACUCCGCCGACGCCUACAAAUUACACUGUCGUCGAGGGACAAGUUAAGGUCCCCUUAUCUGUGUCGGCACGUAAGGGCAUCCAACCUGUUGUUGAGCUCUUUGUGGACAAUUCGAAGCGCGCCCAUGUAGCUCCAGGAGAAAUAAAAGAGUUCCACGUCAAAGCCCAAGUACCGGAUGGCGUUGGUCAGAUCGUUGCGCUUGAAUGGGAUCCUCUUGGCAUCGGCGAGUAUACCAAAAUAGACAUUGACGUGGGGCCUGAGGUUGAUCUGCGCUUCUCGUGUGCGUACAAAAGACCUGGGGUUUAUUUCGCUGGUGUCCGAGCCGCCUCUCAUCGGGAUGGAAAUACUGAGACAGAGAUUGCUCUGGCUUGGAAUUUGGACCGUGUUAGAGUUGUUGUAGAAUCGCGUUUAGUAAAUCAAGCACCCUAG